CAGAUGUCCGGAAGUCUGAACCAAUCAAAUUUUUAGACUUUUAGUUCUUUUUAGUUAACGACUGGAAAGCUCUUCCUUUUUCACCGGCCUGCGCAAUAAUUAUAACUCCAUCUUUGCGAAAGACAACCUUAUAUUCCCGGCCAAAAUUUCAGGAAGGGCCAAUUCAUUGGUACGAAAUUACGACAUCGAAAUAGGCGACGGCCAGCCUAGGCACCUAUUAAAACUUGUUCAAAGAUGGCCGCCCUACAGCAGCUGCGAAUAGCCUCAUUCUUCCCCUCCCUUUUCCCGAGGAUAGCAUCGACAAGCUUUCAGCCCUCUUUCCGAUCAACCGUCUUAUAUGCGCAACAUGCGCAACAUGCGCAAGAGUCGCGGCUACCGUCGGUAGCGGAUCUCGCCAUCGCCAUCCCCGCCGCUAUUUCGCAAAUACCGUCGUUGCUGGGUGAUAUAUGGGAAGGCAUACUUCGAGCAGUACCCAAGAAAAAGACGUCGCACAUGAAGAAGAGGCAUCGACUGCUGGCAGGCAAGGCUUUAAAGGAUGUUACAUCAUUAAACAAGUGCCCGGCGUGUGGAGGAAUUAAGAAGAUGCAUACAUUAUGCUCCGAUUGCAUGGGCCGUCUCGGUGGCAUGCUCGAACGAGAACUCAAGAAAAAGGCAUGAAUAUGAUUAGUACCUAAAACUUGGAGGACUAUGGAUAUAUGUGCCUAGUCUCGUAGUUGUACAGAUCAGUUAUGGAAUUGGAAUUCAUGCAUAUCACUGGGGCGUUCUGGUAUAAGGGUCACCAUAAAUUAUGCAAGUUUGUUCACAUGCAAUCGUACCUGCCCAAGGUACCUUAUACCUCCGCUAUAGUAUCAGAGUAUUCAUUGGGAUAAAAUAUGAAACAAAUAUACGACAUGGCUAGCUCAUUAAGGGUGAAAUACAUGUAGAGAAGGCAAGCACGAAAAGCCAAAUGUGUGAUGUAAUCACACUUGAGACAAUCCAUAUUUCGUAGUAAUACAGAAAAAAAAGAAGCCUCUAUAGGUCAGCCUAUCUACAUAGAG